AAAAAGGAAAAUUAUUAGAACCCCACAAGAAAUUUUGAAAGAAAAGUAAUACCCAAAAAUAAAGAAUCGAUUUUUGUUUUGUGUUGGGGCCUUGGGCGUUUUGGGUUCUGUGGCGACCAUCAAUGAUAUGUGCUCGCAGUUGAGGCGUGAAUUGGGAUUUCUUUCCUGGUCUUUGGUGGGUUUUCUUGAUCGAUCGGUUUCAAGAGCAAUGGGGUGCUUCUUUGAUUGCUUCAAAGUCAGAGACGAUCGCCAUCGACCUCGAUCGCACCUUGUUUCUGAAUCCCCUUGUUCCAAGUACAGGGCACCUGUGGUAGCUCGAAAUCAGUUAUCAUCUCUCUUCCUGUCUGAAGAGAAUGAAGAUUCCCCAAGGAAGGAUUCAGGUUCCAAGUCUUUUGGGUCUCCACGAUACACCAAGGAUUUGAUGGAUGAGGCCAAAUUUCUUAAGGCAUGUGGGACUAUUGUGGAGACCCCAGCUGAAAUUCGGAGACCAUCCAGAAAGCUUUCAAAUGCAUCCCCUGAAACACAUCCAGAUCUUUUACGUACACCUGUUAAACAGUUGGAAGAGGGGGAAAAUGAGUCAGGUUCAGCUGAACGCACACCCAGCAGUUGUACUACCAGUGAACAGAAUACUCAAAGAGUCUCUGCUUACCACAUUGAAGGCAGUGAGACUGGAAGUGUUAUUACUUCAGUAGCUGCUCUUAAUAGUUCUGAUAAAGUGAUGACUACAUGCCGGAGUAAAUCCGUGCAUUUUGAAUGUGAUAUAAACGAAUCUCCCAGCCGAAGUUCAUCUGGAAACGGAAGAGAAAAAGUAAAAGGAUUUGAUUCAUCGGGUAAUAGGAGUGUAUCGAAGUCAUCACCUUAUCCAACUCCUCUACAGCUAUCUGGCGAAAUGCAAACACCUGGAACUGUUUUUCCAGAAAACUUGGAUCAUGGGAAACCAAGAAUCAGGUCCCAGUACGUUUAUUCAGUUAUGAACUCGGUUGAGAGUGCUGCUCAAUUGAAGGCACUGAAGGAAGAAGAAUCUAACCUGGAAGGAAUUUCAAGAGAAAUGAGAGAAUCCGUUCAAGAGCUUGAAAUGAUGACACCUAUGCCAGAAAGGAAUGUGAAAGCAAAUACACGUGAAAAGGACUUGAUGGUGGAAGCAAGUUUGGCUGCUUGGUUGAAACCAGUAUCUAAUCACGAUGAUGAUAGCAAGAAAUUUGGAGGUGCAGAUAGGCCAAUUCGUGUUGGAAAAAGUGCAGGGGACAGGCCAAUCAUAGGGAUGGUUGCUGCUCACUGGAACGAGGAUGAACCAGUUCAAAUCUCACCCAAGGAAUGGGAUGGGAAUGGAAUCCCAAAUUCCACCCAUAAGUACAAGGAGGAUCAGAAAGUGAGUUGGCAUGCGACACCAUUUGAGGAGAGGCUAGAGAAGGCACUAUCAGAAGAAAGCAUAGUUACAAGGAAGAAUUUCCAAAGAAAGCCAGUAGCAUUUGAUGAGGAAGAUGAUACAGCAGUUUCACGGUUGCAAUCUUCAAUCCAGCCAAGUUCAGUGGUAUCAUAUUGAUAAAACAAGUACAUUUUUACGGCUGUGUUAUCCAACCCAGUUGUGAUUGGUAGCUUCAAUCUGCCAUAUAGUGAUUGUUAUGAAAUUCAUAUUUUGAAAGCUCUAUCAUAUCACAUCUCAGUUGAGAGUUUUCUACAAUGCAAUAGAACAAGGAAGUGGCUGAAUAUUCCACAGCUUGCCUUUUUUUUUUCUUUGUAGUGUUGCUUUAUAGCAGCAGUAAAAAAAACUUGCGUUAUGUAGCCUCUGCAACUUUUUGUUUAUGGGUUUGAACUUGUAAAUCUUCUUGGAUAAUGGACAAUGAGUCGAGUUGUUGCUUAUAAACUUGAUUUGCAAUGUUGUAGACAAAUUGAAAUUUGCCCUUUUGAUCA